AUGGCCGGUAAUACAAAUGAUUAUACCGUUUCGGACUCAUACAUUAUCCAAACCUCUGAGAAUGAUAGCGAUCUGGAGUUAUUGCUCCAUUAUGUUUCCAAGUUGGUCAUGAAAGGAAAUAUCACCAGUCCCAUUAAAAGAUCAAACUUAAAGACCUGCUUGGAUAUUGGCUAUGGAGGAGGAUCGUGGAUGAUGGAAAUGGCCACCGAUUACCCAGAUUGCCAAUUUUACGGCAUCGACCUGGACCCAGGCACACCGGAUUUGGUUUAUCCGAACAAUUGUAUUUUCCAGAAAGGAGAUUACUUGAAGUCAUUACCGUAUCCCGAAAACACCUUUGACUUGCUCCACGUCAGAGCAACAUUGCUUUGGCUUGACUUUGAAAGUUUCAAGAAUCUUCUGAAGGAAGCGGUGCGGGUAACUAAAAAAGGUGGUUUCAUAGAAUUCCUGGAGCAAGAUAUUGAAACCACCAACACCGGUCCUAUUUUAACUUCUUACAUCGACACUUGGAGAGAGAUUCAGAUGUCAAAAAACAUCGACGGAAAUUUAAUGAGCAAGAUGGAAACCUUGUUGGCCGAACAAGGAUUUGGGAACAUCAAAAUAAACAAUUGUCAUAUUCCCAUAGGAAAAUGGGCUGGAUUCGUUGGAGAGUUUUUCCUGUCGGCAUUUGAGCUAUUCGUCCUGCACACGGCCUCUCUUACAUACGAGAGUUUAAACCUUAGGAAUGAGAGUGAUUGCGCCCAACUGGUUCAAGAACUCAGUGCCGAGUGUGAGCAAUACAAGCCCCAAGCUAACCUCUAUUUUGGGUUUGCUCAAAAAUUGUGA